UCUCUUUAUUUUCUCUUCCUCCACGCCGAACUCCUCCUCUUCCCUUCUUCCUCUUCAUCGAGCUCGCGCCGCCGCCACCUCUUCCCCCAGCUCUUCGCCUCCCCAACCCUUGCGAACGCUUCGCUUCCUCUGCUUUUCUUUUUCUUCUUCCCUUUACCUCAUUUUCUCUCCCGAUUCACUCCACUGCCGCCUCUCCUGGAUCAUCGCCGACGCGGAUUCCUCUCCCCGAAUCCAAAAUUCACCAAUUGUUCUCUCUCGUGUGACCGUUGCGGCCCGACAUCGGUCGCCAGCCACCCGAGCACCACCCCAUCUUCCCCCAUCGGAAGUCGAACACCCGCGUCUUUUUGGUUGUGCUCUAGAUUUGGGUCCACAGCCGCCGACGCCCCUUUCCGAUGCCUCCUUCCUCCCGAUCCUUGUGGAUCGCCGGCUAAGGAGAGGAGAUUCGUUCGGGACUGGUUCACAUAUGAAUCUCCUUUCUCCGUUGGAUCCGAGUCGCGUGACAUCUCUUCGCCAGCGCUGACCUAGGGUUUCCAGCGGCCAGAUUUAAGAGUUGGGCAGUAGUCUUGUCGCUUCCGGCUAGUCAAUCCUUUCGUUCACCACGCACGCUCAAGUUUCCUUUCCAUUUCCAGAACUUUUGCUGCUGGAUCUGAGCAUUGUUACCUUGCCGACCACCACCUACUCCGACCAAUAACACCAGCAGAUGCUAUACAGGGGUUCCGGAAAUUUUGUACUGGCACUACAAUGACGGGAAUCUUCUCUUUGUAGUAGCACAUGCCACGGGUCAUGGGCCAUCAGCAAAAACAAAUAUUUCUUUAGACGACGCGUCGCCGCCUACAGGAGGCUGCUUGCGGAAACAACUUACGCACUCCACAUCCAAAGAUAUUGUGUUAACACUCGCUACUAUGUAUCGUUAUAGAAGCUUCAUUUCAAAACUAAACUUUUUGUUUGAUGGAAGACAAGUGCAUACGAGAAAAUAUUGCCGAGACUUUAAAUUUGCGGUCUCCCCAUGUCAACAGUCAAAACUGAGGAAUAGACACUACAAAUUGGCAAAUCAUCUUCGCAGGUUCUCAGUGGCAUCUGAAGCACAUCAUGAUUCAUUUCUGCAAACAGAUUUAUUAACCUUUGUCAAGUCCACUUUACAUAAUCCUGAAGGCCCGAAUCAUUGUUGGUUGAAUGGAAUUGGUGGAAGUACAAAGAGUAAUCAAGAUGGAAUACUUUUAUUGCUGAUAAUUUUAUCUAUUAAGGAUUUAGAAAUCGUGGGCAAUCGACAACAUGCUCGUGGGUUUCAACUAGCUAAAUUGGUACAGCAGAGGCAUCCAGAUGUCAAUAUUAUUAUAGUAUGUUCUGGCUUGCUCGAUGCAAUUUCUGAUACUGCUUGGAUCAUUAAGGCUGUCAUGGAGGAGUUUAUUACCUUUCCUAUCUUAGUAUUGAAGAAGGAUUUUCUUCAGUUUCCUAAAAUUGUUCAGAUGUCAGACCAUGUGGGAUUCUUGCUAUGUCAAGGCUCAAUUGAUCAUGUGGUUCAUUUAAGUGGGCACAAUGAGAUUGCUGUAAUAUCUAAAGCAAUUGAGGAAUACAGUGUCCACAAGGAUGAAAAUAACCCUCCAGUUCAACGGAGUAUUAUGGAUAAAACAAGCUAUGACAACAUGAUAAAGGAACCUUAUUUUUCUCCGUUCAGGAUCUUGCUUCUCCAUUACCCAGGUUCAAUUUCCAUAGAUGAAGAUGGAAACCGUAUGUUUGUAUCUGACAGUAAUCAUCAUAGGAUCAUUGUUAGCGAUAGUAAGGGGAGGAUUUUAGAUUGUAUUGGUUCUUCCCCAGGUUUCGAGGAUGGUAAAUUUGAAUCUGCUAAAUUGUUUCGACCUGCUGGAUCAUUCUAUUGCCCCAAUGAAAAUUGCCUUUUCUUUGUGGACUCUGAGAACCAUGCGAUAAGAAGAGCUGAUAUGGAGAACAGAGUGGUGGAGACCAUUUACCCUGCUUCUGUUCAAAAAAGCAGUGGGGUUUGGAGCUGGCUCCUUGAUAAACUUGGGCUGGGAACCAAAGUUGUAUCAGAAGCUGGGCAGCUGGAUUUGGAUUUGAUUAAAUUACCAUGGCAUUUAUUGAACAUGAGGGAGAAUGAUCUUUUAACUAUUGAUCGCAGUUUUGAAACCUUGUGGGUCGUGAGCAGGGAAUCUGGAGAAAUUAAAAAGAUAGUGAAAGGUGUAUCAAACGUCAUGGAGAUAUGUGGGGACAUGAUAAUGGAGAAAGCAACACUAUUGAAGGAAAUUUCAGAGAAUUUGCCACCAAAGACAUUCCAUCAUUGCCUUUCUGAUGAAAGGAUGUGUUUUUCUGGUUGGCUUUCAUCAGUAGCAAUGUUCCAAGAUGAUAUCAUCUUCUGCAAUGCAGAUAGUCAAAGAAUUUUUAGGUAUCACCGUGAGUCCAGAGUCAUUUCUUAUCUACAGCUUUCAAACUUAGGAGUACUUGGAUUGCCAUAUUGGAUGGUUUGCCCUCUUGAGAGAGUUAUUAAGCGUGAAAAUAAAGAGACGAUUUUGAGCGAACAUAUUCAGCAUUUCAAUGUCCUUCCAGGAAGGUGUGACAUACUGUUUGAUGUAAAUAUACCCCAAGAUAGCGAACUAGUAGCACCUGUGGAGAAAAGUUGUUUAUGGAUCCAUGUUAGAGGUUCUGCCUCUGAAUUUUCUGCAGUUGAAGAACAAAAAACUGGGGCAGGGAAGGAUGGGAUUGCUCAACAGUGGUUUGAUGAAUUGGAUAACCUUGCUUUCUCACAAGUGGAGGAUGAAACCUCUUCUCUUGAUGAAGGUGAACAUGUGGAAAGGCAAUUCCAAGAUGACAGGGUUCAUUUUAAUUGUUCAAUCGGCAUAAGUCCUGGAACUGCUGAGGUGGUGGUCUCUACUGUUCUCUAUCUGAAAUUGAAGAAAACACAAGAAAACAUUGAGGAUCGAAGUUCACUAGCAAUGAGAAUUCUGGAGUGCAAUAAACAGAAAAUGAGCAAACUGGAAGCCGACGCAUCAACCAGAUUGCUUUUGGAAACCUUUAAAGAUGUAGAAGAUUUGAUCUUUAUGAAGCCUGUGCACAUUAGACUAAAGCUGCAGUGCGCCGACCACCCAACUGCUGUAACCAACAAAGAGACCAUCUGCACAGAUUCCUUGAUAAAUGUUGACAUAUCUUUGGACUAGUAGCUCCACAGUUCCAUUUAUCGAGUAGGUCCACUUUUGUUCUAAUAGUAUUCCAAAUUCUUUUUGCCCCCAAUCAGAUGUGAGCAAGAGAAUCCUGCCAAGCAGGAGCCAACAGACCCAUUUAUUUGAUUUCCUCUGUACAUUUCAAUAUCGUCGUAGAGACAGCAGGGGCGAUAACUAUUAAUUAUUUUUGAUAAUGAAGGGUAGAGGAUGUUCCGCCAUCAUGAGAAACAAUAACAUAAUUUCAACAGUUAACUCUGUACAUCCUAAUAAUUGCUAGAAUUUGUUUUUUGUUUUUAAAUUGUUCUUCACAAAUCAAGGAAUUCAUGCAAUUCAGAGUUUUGAAUUCAGGGAGAGGGAAAGAGUAGAAGGAACUGUUUGAUGUGUUGGUUUGAGGUGGUCUAUCUCAAUUGCACUUGAGACGUUCGAUGAAUGUUCUUUGAAAGUUACUUGAGCUUCCUUCUCUCAGCAAA